AUGAGUACAGCUGCACCUACAGCUGCUCCUAAUACAACUGCAUCUCGCACAAUUGUACCUAUUACAAGUGCACCUACUAUUGGAGGUCUGGGUACAGCUGCACCUACAGCUGCUCCUAAUACAACGGCAUCUCGCACAAUUGUACCUACUAUAAGUGUACCAACUAUUAGAGGAAUGAGUACAGCUGCACCUACAGCUGCUCCUAAUACAACUGCAUCUCGCACAAUUGUACCUAUUACAAGUGCACCUACUAUUGGAGGUCUGAGUACAGCUGCACCUACAGCUGCUCCUAAUACAACUGCAUCUCGCACAAUUGUACCUACUAUAAGUGUACCAACUAUUAGAGGAAUGAGUACAGCUGCACCUACAGCUGCUCCUAAUACAACUGCAUCUCGCACAAUUGUACCUAUUACAAGUGCACCUACUAUUGGAGGUCUGAGUACAGGUGCACCUACAGCUGCUCCUAAUACAACGGCAUCUCGCACAAUUGUACCUACUAUAAGUGUACCAACUAUUAGAGGAAUGAGUACAGCUGCACCUACAGCUGCUCCUAAUACAACUGCAUCUCGCACAAUUGUACCUAUUACAAGUGCACCUACUAUUGGAGGUCUGAGUACAGCUGCACCUACAGCUGCUCCUAAUACAACGGCAUCUCGCACAAUUGUACCUACUAUAAGUGUACCAACUAUUAGAGGAAUGAGUACAGCUGCACCUACAGCUGCUCCUAAUACAACUGCAUCUCGCACAAUUAUACCUACUACAAGUGUACCAACGAUUAGAGGAAUGAGUACAACUGCACCUACAGCUGCUCCUAAUACAACUGCAUCUCGCACAAUUGUACCUAUUACAAGUGUACCUGCUUUUGGAGGUCUGAGUACAGGCUUUCUCCUCAACGCAAAUGGAACACAAAGUGGUGGUGAAUGCGUGGACAGCAGAGACUCAUGUCAGUUUCAUAACGACACUUUUCAAGUGUGUGCUGACGUCGUCAAGGCCCGUGAAAUAUGCAAACAGUACUGUGGCCUUUGCAGCAUAGUCGACGGACGUUGGUCCGAUUGGAAAUCCUGGUCCGCAUGUGACGUCACUUGUGGCAAUGGACUGAAGUCUCGCUCCAGAUUAUGCGACAACCCACCACCUGCCAAUGGCGGUUUUGAAUGUUUUGGAAACUCAACCGAAACGUCAGUUUGCUCGUUGGAAACAUGUCCAGUUAACGGUGGAUGGAGCGCAUGGUCGGACUGGGGUUCCUGCAGCACUAGUUGUGGGGCCGGGCUCCAGCGAAGAGACAGAAUAUGUGACAACCCUUGGCCUUCUAAGGACGGGAACCACUGCUUUGGUGACAGCGUGGAUAACCGCAUUUGUCAGCAGCAAUCAUGCGCAGUACACGGCGGUUGGAGUGGAUGGUCGGGGUGGGGAAUAUGCAGUUCUAGUUGUGGUGCCGGGCUCCAAAGGAGAGAUAGAAGCUGUGAUAAUCCCUGGCCCUCUAAUGACGGGAACCAUUGUUUUGGUGACAGCGUGGAUAACCGCAUAUGUCAGGAGAAUAGCUGCGCAGCUGCACCUACUACAAUUGAUCCGACUACAGCUACACCUUCUACGGAUGCAUAUAUUACAGCAGCAACUCCAACAGUUGCACACACUACAGCUGCACCCACUACAGCUGCACCCACUACAGUUGCACCCACUACAGUUGCACCCACUACAUUUGCACACACUACAGCUGCACCCACUACAGCUGCAUCCACUACAGUUGCACCCACUACAUUUGCACACACUACAUCUGCACCCACUACAGCUGCAUCCACUACAGCUGCACCAACUACAGUUGCACCCACUACAGCUGCAUCCACUACAGUUGCACCAACUACAGUUGCACCCACUACAGUUGCACCCACUACAUUUGCACACACUACAGCUGCACCAACUACAGCAUCACCCACUACAGCUGCACCAACUACAGUUGCACCCACUACAGUUGCACCCACUACAGUUGCACCCACUACAUUUGCACACACUACAGCUGCACCCACUACAGCUGCAUCCACUACAGUUGCACCCACUACAGCUGCAUCCACUACAGUUGCACCCACUACAUUUGCACACACUACAGCUGCACCCACUACAGCUGCACCCACUACAGCUGCACCCACUACAGCUGCACCCACUACAGCUGCAUCCACUACAGUUGCACCCACUACAGUUGAACCGACUACAGCUGCACCCACUACAGCUGCACCCACUACAGCUGCAACCACUACAGCUGCACCCACUACAGCUACACCCACUACAGCUGCACACACUACAUAUGCAUCCACUACAGCUGCACCCAGUACAGUUGCACCCACUACAGCUGCACCCACUACAGCUGCACCCACUACAGCUUCACCCACUACAGCUGCACCCACUACAGCUGCAUCCACUACAGCUGCACCCACUACAGCUACACCCACUACAGCAUCACCCACUACAGCUUCACCCACUACAGUUGCACCCACUACAGCUGCACAGAAUGUACCAUCGUCGACAAGUGAAGGUCCCUUGGUAACACAGUGGGCGGAAACCGUUAUUGAUUUUUCUUCUGAAUGGGACAGCCCGAAUCAUGGUGCAAACAAGAUAUUGGGUGAACCAGACGUCUACCCACUGUCGAGUUCCGAAUGGAAUGCAUGGCGACUCUCAUCGAGAGGCAAUGACGAGAUGAUUGAGUUGAAGUUCGACACGCCAGUUCUGAUAACGGGAGUAAGCAUCUAUGAGACCUUUAACCCAGGAUCUGUCUCACGAAUUACUUGUAACGAGAAUGGAGUAUACACCGUCCUAUGGCAAGCUGAGUCGUUUUCAACGUCGUCAACGGCUCGGAUAUUUAGUCCGAUAUUGACAUCCAGCUGUGUGUCCGAUACGAUCCGCAUCGACAUUACCGGAAGUACGAAUAUGUGGAAAGAAUACGACGCUGUACAACUACAAGGAUAUGUCUAUGAACCCCCAGUUUUGGUCGACGAACCCCUAGUUUUGGUCGACGGUUUUGGUCGACGAAUCCCUAGUUUUGGUCGACGAACCCUUAGUUUAGGUCGACGAACUCCCAGUUGUGGUCGACGAACCCCCAGUUUAGGUCGACGAGCCAUCAGUUAA